UCAAGCUGCGACAAUUGCGUGAGGUCAAGGUGAGAAAGAAUUUACCUCCUCCACCAGACUCGAAAACCUUUCACAAGCCAAUCAUAUUGCAACGUGAGGAGAAUAUUUACGAGUCGAGAAACUCGAGAUACAUAUGCUUCAAAAACACGCUGUUUUCUUCAGUCAACCAAAAAACUUGGACGCGUCAACGAUGGCUGGUGUUGUGUUGCUGGCUUUUGCCUUGUGUGUCGCAGUUGUUUUCGGUCAGUCGGAGCUGCCAGUGACCCAGCAAUGCUUGGGUUGCAUCUGCGAGGCCAUUUCUUCGUGUGACACCACUAGUAGUUGCGCUGGGGAUGUGUGUGGUCCUUUUAGGAUCACGUGGGCUUAUUGGUCCGAUGCUGGGAAACCCACAGUUGGUGGUGAAUCACCCGAAGCAUCCUCAGCCUACUCGAAUUGUGCCCGUGACACCUACUGCUCGGCCUUGGCCGUACAAGGAUACAUGCACAAAUUCCAACAGGAUUGCAAUAAUGAUGGUAAAAUCGACUGCGACGAUUUUGCUCUAAUUCACAAAUUGGGAGGAUAUGGGUGUAAAGGAGCCGCUUUUCCGGGAGUGUAUGGGGAGAGAUACCUUCAGUGCAAAGCUAUAGUAGGCGGAAUUAAACCUUAAGACUAAUUAAAGCUGUGAAUUUAUACUUUUUACUAUUUUUAUUGAUAAUAAAACUUGACCUCACA